GGACCAUCAGGCAAGAUCAUGCAAUAGGAAACUUUGCUUCCAAAUGAAGGCACCAACAUUUAGAAUUUCUACUUAUUCUAAGAUUCCCUUUACAACUACGUCAGAGAAUGAAUUAAUUUCCUAAGAAAUCACUAAAUACUACUCUGAAGUGUUUCAAAUAAACGGGGCUUUCGUGUUCCUCUUUGAGCUGGCACAUCCUACCUCUUCCUGACCUUCUCUUCCCAAAAUAAGCCAUCCUCUCAGCCUCUUCAGACUCCUCAGUGCUUCUUCCUUGUACCUGCUCUACAAAAUUCUUUCCAUUUGUUCCAGUUGUUUGUAUAAUUGGCUUUAAAUGAGGUGAGAGUGAAGAGACCAGAGCCAUCUCUGGAAAACACUGUUAGCCCGUUCCCCUGGAAGCUACCUUCUGGAGCACUAGAUUUGACCUUAUCUGUUUUGAGGACUCAUUAUGAACAAAGAAGUCUCCCAGGUGUGAAGUUUUUCAACAUGAGUGGCCUCGGGGACAGUUCUUCUGACCCUGCUAACCCAGACUCACAUAAAAGAAAAGGAUCGCCAUGUGACACACUGGCAUCCAGCACUGAAAAGAGACGCAGGGAGCAAGAAAAUAAAUAUUUAGAAGAGCUAGCUGAGUUAUUGUCUGCCAACAUUAGUGACAUUGACAGCUUAAGUGUAAAACCAGACAAAUGCAAGAUUUUGAAGAAAACAGUCGAUCAGAUACAGUUAAUGAAGAGAAUGGAACAAGAGAAAUCAACAACUGAUGAUGAUGUACAAAAAUCAGACAUCUCAUCAAGUAGUCAAGGAGUGAUAGAAAAGGAAUCCUUGGGACCUCUUCUUUUGGAGGCUUUGGAUGGAUUUUUCUUUGUUGUGAACUGUGAAGGGAGAAUUGUAUUUGUGUCAGAGAAUGUGACCAGCUACUUGGGUUACAAUCAGGAGGAAUUAAUGAAUACCAGUGUCUACAGCAUACUGCAUGUGGGGGAUCAUGCAGAAUUUGUGAAGAAUCUGCUACCAAAAUCACUAGUCAAUGGAGUUCCUUGGCCUCAGGAGGCAACAAGACGAAAUAGCCAUACCUUUAACUGCAGGAUGCUAAUUCACCCUCCAGAUGAGCCAGGUGCCGAGAACCAAGAAGCUUGCCAGCGGUAUGAAGUAAUGCAGUGUUUCACUGUGUCACAGCCAAAAUCAAUUCAAGAGGAUGGAGAAGAUUUUCAGUCAUGUUUGAUUUGUAUUGCACGGCGAUUACCUCGGCCUCCAGCUAUUACGGGUGUAGAGUCCUUUAUGACUAAGCAAGAUACUACAGGUAAAAUCAUCUCUAUUGAUACUAGUUCUCUGAGAGCUGCUGGCAGAACUGGCUGGGAAGAUUUAGUGAGAAAGUGCAUUUAUGCUUUUUUCCAACCUCAGGGCAGAGAGCCAUCUUAUGCCAGACAACUGUUUCAAGAAGUGAUGACUCAUGGCACUGCCUCCAGCCCAUCCUAUAGAUUCAUACUGAAUGAUGGGACAAUGCUUAGCGCCCACACCAAGUGUAAACUUUGCUACCCUCAAAGUCCAGACAUGCAACCUUUCAUCAUGGGAAUUCAUAUCAUCGACAGGGAACACAGUGGGCUUUCUCCUCAAGAUGACACUAAUUCUGGAAUAUCAAUUCCCCGAGUAAACCCCUCGGUCAAUCCUAGUAUCUCUCCAGCUCAUGGUGUGGCCCGUUCAUCCACACUGCCACCAUCCAACAGCAACAUGGUAUCCACCAGAGUAAACCGCCAACAGAGCUCAGACCUUCAUAGCAGCAGUCAUAGUAAUUCUAGUAACAGCCAAGGGAGUUUUGGAUGCUCACCUGGAAAUCAGAUUGUAGCCAGUGUUGCCUUAAACCAGGGACAGGCCAGUUCCCAAAGCAGUAAUCCCUCGCUAAACCUCAAUAAUUCUCCUAUGGAAGGUACAGGAAUAUCCCUAGCACAGUUCAUGUCUCCAAGGAGACAGGUCACUUCUGGAUUGGCAGCAAGGCCUAGGUUGCCAAACAAUUCAUUUCCUCCAAAUAUUCCAACAUUAAGCUCUCCCAUUGGCAUGACAAGUGGUGCCUGUAAUAACCCUAACCGAUCUUAUUCAAAUAUCCCAGUAACCUCUUUACAGGGUAUGAAUGAAGGACCCAAUAACUCUGUUGGCUUCUCUGCCAAUUCUCCAGUCCUUAGGCAGAUGAGCUCACAGAAUUCACCUAGCAGAUUAAAUAUACAGCCAGCGAAAGCUGAGUCCAAAGAUAACAAAGAGAUUGCAUCCAUUUUAAAUGAAAUGAUUCAAUCUGACAACAGCUCUAGUGAUGGCAAACCACUGGAUUCAGGGAUCCUGCAUAACAAUAGCAGACUCUCCGAUGGAGACAAUAAAUACUCUCAAACCAGUCACAAACUAGUACAGCUUUUGACAACAACUGCAGAACAGCAGUUACGGCAUGCUGAUAUAGACACAAGCUGCAAAGAUGUACUGUCUUGCACAGGCACUUCCAACUCUGCCUCUGCUAACUCUUCAGGAGGUUCUUGCCCCUCCUCUCAUAGCUCACUGACGGAGCGGCACAAAAUCCUACACCGGCUGUUACAAGAGGGUAGCCCCUCAGAUAUCACCACUUUGUCUGUCGAGCCUGAUAAAAAGGACAGUGCAUCUACUUCUGUGUCAGUGACUGGACAGGUACAAGGGAACUCCAGUAUAAAACUAGAACUGGAUGCUUCAAAGAAAAAAGAAUCAAAAGACCAUCAGCUCCUACGCUACCUUUUAGAUAAAGAUGAGAAAGAUUUAAGAUCAACUCCAAACCUGAGCCUGGAUGAUGUAAAGGUGAAAGUGGAAAAGAAAGAACAGAUGGAUCCUUGUAACACAAACCCAACCCCAGUGACCAAACCUGCUCCUGAGGAAAUUAAACUCGAGUCCCAGAGCCAGUUUACAGCUGACCUUGACCAAUUUGAUCAGUUAUUGCCCACCCUGGAGAAGGCAGCACAGUUGCCAGGCUUAUGUGAGACAGACAGGAUGGAUGGUGCAGUCACCAAUGUAACCAUCAAAUCAGAGAUCCUGCCAACUUCACUUCAGUCCACCACUGCCAGAUCCACUUCCAGGAUGAAUAGAUUACCUGAGCUGGAAUUGGAAGCAAUCGAUAACCAGUUUGGGCAACCAGGAACAGGCGAUCAGAUUCCGUGGUCGAGUAAUACAGUGACAACUGUAAAUCAGAAUAAAACAGAAGACCAGUGUAUUAGCUCACAGUUAGAUGAGCUUCUCUGCCCACCAACAACAGUAGAAGGAAGAAAUGAUGAGAAAGCUCUUCUUGAACAGCUGGUAUCCUUCCUCAGUGGCAAAGAUGAAACUGAGCUAGCUGAACUAGACAGAGCUCUGGGAAUUGACAAACUUGUUCAGGGUGGUGGACUAGAUGUAUUAUCAGAGAGAUUUCCACCACAACAAGCAACACCACCUUUGAUGAUGGAAGAAAGGCCCAACCUUUAUUCCCAGCCUUACUCUUCUCCUUCUCCUACUGCCAAUCUCCCAAGCCCUUUCCAAGGCAUGGUCAGACAGAAACCUUCAUUGGGGACUAUGCCUGUUCAAGUAACACCUCCCCGAGGUGUUUUUUCACCUGGGAUGGCCAUGCAGCCCAGGCAAACUCUAAACAGACCUCCUGCUGCACCCAACCAACUUCGACUUCAACUACAACAGCGAUUACAGGGACAACAGCAGUUAAUACACCAAAACCGGCAAGCUAUCUUAAACCAGUUUGCAGCAACUGCUCCUGUUGGCAUCAACAUGAGAUCAGGCAUGCAGCAGCAAAUUACACCUCAGCCACCCCUGAAUGCCCAAAUGUUGGCACAACGUCAGCGAGAGUUGUACAGUCAACAGCACCGACAGAGGCAGCUAAUACAGCAACAGAGAGCCAUGCUUAUGAGGCAGCAAAGCUUUGGGAACAACCUCCCUCCCUCGUCUGGACCGCCAGUUCAAAUGGGGAACCCCCGUCUUCCUCAGGGUGCUCCGCAGCAAUUCCCCUACCCACCAAACUAUGGUACAAAUCCAGGAACCCCACCUGCUUCUACCAGCCCAUUUUCACAACUGGCAGCAAAUCCUGAAGCGUCAUUGGCCAGCCGCAACAGCAUGGUGAACAGAGGCAUGACAGGAAACAUGGGAGGACAGUUUGGCACUGGAAUCAAUCCUCAGAUGCAGCCAAAUGUCUUCCAGUAUCCAGGAUCAGGAAUGGUUCCCCAAGGUGAGGCCAAUUUCGCUCCAACUCUAAGCCCUGGGAGCUCCAUGGUACCAAUGCCAAUCCCUCCUCCUCAGAGCUCUCUACUCCAGCAAACUCCACCUGCUUCUGGGUACCAGUCCCCAGACAUGAAGGCCUGGCAGCAAGGAGCAAUAGGAAACAACAAUGUGUUCACUCAAGCUAUUCAGAACCAGCCCACGCCUGCACAGCCAGGAGUGUACAACAAUAUGAGCAUCACCGUGUCCAUGGCAGGUGGAAACACAAAUGUUCAGAACAUGAAUCCAAUGAUGGGUCAGAUGCAGAUGAGCUCUUUGCAAAUGCCAGGCAUGAACACCGUGUGCCCUGAGCAGAUAAAUGAUCCAGCACUGAGACACACAGGCCUCUACUGCAACCAGCUCUCAUCCACUGACCUUCUCAAAACAGAAGCAGAUGGAACCCAGGACAAGAAGACAGAAGAGUUCUUCUCUGUGGUGACUACAGACUAGAGGAAUGCUCUACAGGUGCAACAGGUUCAGGUGUUUGCUGACGUCCAGUGUACAGUGAAUCUGGUAGGCGGGGACCCUUACCUGAACCAGCCUGGUCCACUGGGAACUCAAAAACCCACGUCAGGACCACAGACCCCCCAGGCCCAGCAGAAGAGCCUCCUUCAGCAGCUACUGACUGAAUAACCACUUUUAAAGGAAUGUGAAAUUUAAAUAAAAGACAUACAGAGAUAUACAAAUAUAUUAUAUAUUUUUCUGAGAUUUUUGAUAUCUCAAUCUGCAGCCAUUCUUCAGGUCGUAGCAUUUGGAGCAAAAAAAAAAAAAAGAAAAAAAAAGGAGUUCACUUUUGUUGAGAGAUUGAGAGAUGUUUUUGUUUCUUUGUAAAGGCCUUGGAUAUUGAAAAAAUAACAAGGCAGAACAGUUGGACAAUCCAUUUCUUGAGCCAAAUUUAAUUAUUCUUAUUUUUGUAAUCAGUCAUUGGCUUCUUAUCUGGAUGAAGGCUUUUAGAGGAGAACCAAAAUGACAAGUUCCACGGGGAAGAUGAAGCUCCACCUCUACCAGCUCAGUCCCGACCCUGCCCAGAAAGAAGGGCCUGUGGGGCUUUGCCUGUGCCCGUCCACCCAAGGCUGUCAUGUUUCUUGAAAUCAGCAGCCCUCCCCUGUCCCUACCCCAGGCAGCUUGUGUGUACAAUCAGCUUCUUCUAGCAACUCUAUAUCUGUUGGCUUCAAGAGAAUAUUUUGCCUCCACAUGUGUACCCCUUCUCCUUUUUUUAAAGAUGGAUUUAAACCAAGAUGCCUCCAGGAAAGAGGAUGAAAGUAGUAUAUUCAUAGAGGAAUCCAAAAAAUACAGUUUGGGGGAAAAUGCAAUAAUUUUUGAUGAGAUGGGUGAACGACAAGAAGUAAGUUCUGUCAAUUAUUGUAGAUACAAUUUUCUGAUUAAAUCUGGAAAAAGGCAGCCUGUUCUAUCUGCUUUUAUUGUUUUAACAGCUGAGGUAGCUAAAGUUAUUUAAAAUAAAAUUAAAUUUAUGAUCCAAGUAGUUAAUAUUUCCCUUUAAAUCUCACUGUAAAUGUAUUUGAUUUCUUGUAGAAAUUGAUUUCCUUCUGUUUAAUUUUAUGUUUUUCUUAUACUUUUGAUUUUUCUAAAUUUGUGUGUGAAAUAUAACAUUGAUUGAAUUGCAGUUACAUUUGGCUAGUAAUAUUUCAUUAUUUUAAUAACUGUGACACCAUGUAUGAAUUUACUUUGGGGUUCAAAUCAAAAUGCCACUGCCAGAAAGGGCUGUUCCAGCUGAGCUAGAGCAUACUGCCCUAGAGUAACCCUAGGAUCAUCUAACCAGAAGUGCACAGCUACU